CUCCAGCCCUCCAGGAUGUCCUGCUACGACCUGUGCCCCAGCUCUGCCUGCGGCCUCAGCCGCCCCCAGCCCCUGGCCGACAGCUGCAACCAGCCCUGCGUGCGGCAGUGCCCUGACUCCAGCGCCCUGAUCCAGCCCCCUCCGGUGGUGGUCACCUUCCCUGGCCCCAUCCUCAGCUCCUUCCCCCAGGAGUCAGUGGUGGGAUCUGCUGGAGCUCCUGUGCUGGGCUCCUCUGGGGGCUAUGGGCGGCUGGGGGGCUAUGGGGGUUAUGGAUCCCUGGGCUAUGGGGGCCUGGGGGGCUAUGGGGGUUAUGGAUCCCUGGGCUAUGGGGGCCUGGGGGGCUAUGGCUGUUGGGGCUAUGGAGGUCUCUCUGGCUAUGGCAAAUCCUUUGGCUCCAGCUACUGCAGCCCCUACUUGUGGUCCAGCAGCAGGUAUGGCCGUGGCAGCUGCUGGCCCUGCUAG